AUGGACGCACGCGCCAUGGCCUCCAUCGCUGAUAGUGCUGAAGAAACAACCUCGACUGUUGUUGAUGCGCCAGCACCCGCACCGUGGCCCUUGUCACCGUUACCACCACCGCUGGUCUCGCCAGUUGAUGAGAAGCCGCAGCUGCAACAAGGCUCACAAGAAGCACCGGUCGCCGAGCAACCAGACGCUUCACUCCCGCUGCCCCUGCCCGCCUCACCCGUGACACGCCGGCGCAAGCGGCCCCUCACCGCAGCGACUGCCGCCAUUGCGCGGGGUCGCAGUCCUCGCGGUUCGGCCGCGGCGCAUCCUGCAGCAGCCCCCCUCUCGGCACUUCUGGCACCGACUACAAGGCACCCGCCACAGCGCUCCCGGACAGCGACAGCCGCGGCAAGUCGAACCACUCCGUCGCCACCAAAGUCUGCACCACCGCCAACACCACCACCACCCUCGUCAUCGCCACCGUCGCUUGGAAAAGAUUCAGUGCCGCCGCCGAGGGGCAAGACAGUGCCUUCUGCUGGCGGUCGCUGCACGUCAGCGGCUCGCGCGUCGUCAUCACAGCAGCAGAAGCGGCCACCACGGCCCGGGGCUGCACGCCGCCUCGCAACGGCGGCGACGCGGGCGUCGUCGUCAGCCGCAUCGCCGUACCAAUCACUCGUCGACGCCGUCCUGGAUGAGCAGUUUACAACUAGAUCUAGCUCGCAGCAGCAGCAGACGGCAGCGGCGGCAGCAGCCACAGGAGUGGCCGUGGGUGGGGGCGACCCAACCGUGGUAGCGGUGGUGCCGAGUGAACGCCGGGCACGCGGCGGAGGUGUAGCAGUGCAGCAGCAACGGCAGCGUCAGACGCCGCGCCGAGCACAGCGUCUCGCUGUCACUGGUCGAACUGAGGAUGACUCCGACGAUAGCGAAGAUGGCAGUGAAGCCGCGGCCUCUGCGCUGGCGCCGCUUCACCAACAAGCCUUGCGACUCCAGCCACUUCCACCCGUGGCUCCUGCAGCAGCGCUGAUGGAAGAGGUGUCGCUGGCGGGCGGCGACGAUGGCGAGCUAGCGGAGACGUUGGCGGACAUCGUCGCCGUCGCGCCAACGCAGGCAAGAGCAGCUACGCAGUCGGCCGCGCAGUCGGCACUGGCGGUAGAGCGCGCGCGCCUGCUACACAACAGUCCCUGCACGAUGGACGAGCGCGACGCCGCGGGCAGAAUGAGAAGUCUGGAUGCAGAGGCCCGGGAGCGUCUAUGGCGGCCGACGACAGAGCCGCGUGUUGUGGCACGCGCCUUCGGCCACGCUGGUGCUGGCGUUGCCGAAAAUCACAGACACGCGAGCGCUGUCUCUUCGAGGGCACCAAACCGGAUGAGGUCGGCAGCAGCGCUGCCCGCAGCAGUGGUCGAGUUUCUGAAAGCCGAGGCCGACGCCGAGGCUGCUGUGAAGGGCACAGCCGCGACUGCCACUGGCGCCGCGGAGCGCCAAAGACGUGCCGCAUCGCCAAAACGCAGCCGCGACAUCGCGGGCGCACGCGCCGGUGCCUCGUCGGCGUCACCUCCCACAACAGCCCUCUCGACCUCACCCCCUCUUGCGAGUUUGCCACCGGUGCUGUCGCCGGCAGCCGAGAGCGCAGCAGUCUUACGAGACCUGAAAGAUGUGCAGCGACGUCUGCACGCGCACGGGCAUCUCCGAGGGACCGCUGCGGCGGCGGCUGGAGCGAUGCCACUGGAGGUGAAGGCACACAGCCCUGCCGCAGCACCGUCCAACAGCACUCGAGGGCCGGAGAGCUGCUCCCCCUGUGACAUCUCCGUCGCUGCCUCGUCAGUCUCAUCAACUGCAACCAGCAGCAGCAGCAGCAGCAGCGCGGCAAUGAAGCGCAGCGAGCGGCACGGUAGCGCUCGCAGGAACCGCAUGGUAGGGCUCCGUCGCGCCAGCGCCGAGUACUGGGCCACCGCCUCCCUAACGGAGAUCGUCGACGCUCUCGAGGAACGGUGCACCGCCGCCCCAGCGCGGGAGCACCGAAAACACAAGCGGCAACGUGGGCAAGCAGGCUUUGACCCCGCGAGUUAUGCCCGGCGUCUGCUAGACACGGCCGCCCGCUCGUGCACCUCGUCGACCGUCUCGGACGACGACGACGAUGGCGCGUACACCGAUGGCGGCGAUGCCGGGUACAACCCCACCGGCCCCCGCCGUCGGAGCGCAGAGGAGGGCAUAAGAGGUAAUAAGCGAUGUGAGACUACGGAGGACAGCCAUGAUCGUCGUUCGCGAAGCGCGCCACCUGCGUCGUGCGGCCCCUCGCCAGCUGCGCUGAAGCGCGAGGCGCUCCUCCGCUCUGGCCCGACGUGGGCCACGGCGGCAGCUGAGCUCGGACUCACCCCGACGGAGGUGCAAGACCUCCUGCGGUACAGCCUCAGCUCUCCCGAUGCUGCUGCCACGUGGCUUGCAGUCAGCAGCUGCCACGCACGUGAUGCCACGCGAGUCGUCGAAGUUGCCGCGGAUACGGUGCCCGAAAACGGCGUUGGUCGACGGCGCGCAGGGCGGGAAAAAACAUGCAGCAGCAGCAGCAGCAGCGUUGCAGGCGGGUCUCCGUCAGAUGUGCACCCACGCCGCCCACAUCGGUUGUCCUCCGCAUCGCUGGAUGUGGCAACGCAGACCGCUCUGGUGCAGCGCAUCAUCGCAGCGAUGCCCGCCGUCCCUGCCGAGCUCCAGGAGGAGUUGAGCCGUCAGCGCCGUCUUCUGGAGCGAGUCUGUCGCGAUGUCAGCUGCAUGAGCGCGCCGGCACACGCUGCCGUGAGAGCACGCCUGGCGUCGCCGACCGUGUCCUCUGCGGCUGCUCGGCAACCGUCGCCGUUAGAGUUCAGCACCGGUGCGAGUGGAGGAGGGGCGCAGACAAGUCCAUCGGCGGCCGCAGAGACACACAACAUGCAGGUGCAGCACGAGGAGGAUCAACAGCUGCUGUUCGCAUCCCUACCGCGACCGGCGGCGCAGGCGUUGAAGGCCGUCGGCAGCCUUCGCGGUGCCGCAGCGGACCCUUCGCGGCCACUACCACCUUUCCACGCCGUCGAGGCGCGUCCCACGCUGUACCCUGCGCCUCAAGAUCCAGCGUCCACAACGGGCAGCGGCGCCGCGGCGCCGCGAGAGCCAUACGAGGCCGCGCUGCGCGAGCUAGCAGAGCGGGAGACGCGUCACUACGUCAGCGAGCUGGACCGUCUCCGCACCAUGUACGACCGCCAGCUUCAAGAGGAGCGCCGUCAGCGCCAGCAGGAGCGGCGGCAUUAUGCCGAGCUCCUCCAGAGCCAGCAGCACAAGAUGCUACGGCACCAUCGCGAGACAGUCCACCUGCUGCAGCGCGAGUGUCGCUUGCAACAGCAGCAGCAGGAGUCUCUCGUCCAGAAGCUGGCCGCCUCGCAAGCGGCAGCAGCGCAACGCCAGCAAGCUCAGCAUGAGCAGACGACGAAGCACAUGCUUGCAGGCGCCGUGGACGUCAUGAAGAGCUACGCGACAGCAGAGGGUCUUGGAAAAGGCGGACAAGCGGAGAUGGCAGCGCCAGCUGGGGUGGCGGUAACCUCCAGAGCCAUGCAGAAACGUCGACGGCAGCGGCCGCGCGUGCACUUCGACAGUGCGGCAAGCGGGGGUAGCAAGAGCAAGCGGGUCGUUGGUAGCCCAACUUCCCCACUGGCGGCGGCACACAGCCCUGAUGACAAUGACACCAGUGGCGCUGGGAAGAUGCGUGAGUCAGCACGCGCUGAGGGCGUAUCCGCAGCAGCAACAGUCGCUUCUGUCGCGGUCAACACACCCCCUCGCUCAUCCAUGUGUCCGCGUGUCGUCGACGUCGCAUCGAAAAUGAGUCCACUCGAUGCGGACAUGCCCACCGCCGAGCAUGUGAGCCCACCGCAGCCUGCAAGCAGUGCAGCGCAUCUUGGGCUUUCCUCAGUGUCGUCGCUAUCCGUGUCACCGUCGCGGAGCACGCUCCCGUCGCCGCCACAUCCAAGCACCGACAGCGACGGUGGGCGAGCGCCGAGCGCGCGCAGCACCAUGCGGCCCUCACCUCCCGCUGCGGCAUCGACAGCAGUUGGCAGGAGAGGAGAACAGCACCCCACCGCUACCGUCACGCUAUCGGUGGCCCCGUCUGCAUCAACUCUUGUGCCAACACCGGCGGCUGCCACACCAGCAGGAGCAGCGGUUGCCAGUGCGGGACCUCCCAUCAACACACCAGCGAUGCUGCGCGCCGUGUACGGCGGCAAUGCUGGACCACCGCCGCGACAGCCGCGGACACAGGGGCGCAUGACGCUCCCUCUGCACGUGCGCCUCCCUCCUGAGGAUGAUACGCCUACGCGCCAGCGUCUCGACGUGACUGCGGUGGAGGCCGAGUUGUCUGACGUACGCGCUGCGGCCGCCGCGCGUGAUGCCGGACUGGCGGAGGGGACACGGCUCUAUGGUGCCGUGCCCCGCCGGCCUCGCCUCCCCCACGCAUCGUCCUCCUCCGACACCGGUGAGGCAGCAGUGGAGCGACUCAACCAGGCUGCCCCGCGCAGAGCCUUGUCGGCGUCGCCGUCGUCCGCGGCCGCCACACGGCAGGCGCGCACCCCUGACGGCGAAAAGGCCGUUGGGAGGAGAAGUGCGGAGUGGCGGCGGAGCGGCAGCGGGCGUGGCCGUGGCGGUCCAACGCGGAGAGGCCGCGUUGGGAAGGGCCCCGGGUCCUCCGCGGGCCGACGUGGGCGACGCACAUCACCGCACGCCACCGUUGGCGGAGGAAGCGGUGGUGUCGCUCACCGCAGCAGGCGCCUCCUCCUUCACCACUUCGACACGGAGGUCGUGAGCGAGCUCUCCAGUGAGGCCGGCACAGCGCCCUCGCACGCGUGUCCUCUGCACGGUGCGUGGGGAACACCGGCGCCGAACGCGGCCGCGUCUUCCACUGCAUACCCGUCGUCCGUCGCCCCGCAUGGUGAUGUGAUGGACGGCCGCGGCGUCGUGCCAGAACCAGCACAAUACAGAGGUAUGUGGUCAGAGGCGAUGCGCGUGGAUGACCAAGGCACUCAUGGCGGGACGGGCCCGCAUCAGGAAGCGGCCGAUGCUGCCGGGGUGACGGCGGGCAAGCCAUCGGUUGGGCGGCUGCAUGUGGUGCUGAGCCAACCAGCUGGUGGUGAAGUGGCAGCAGUCACGUGCGCGACGCGCAUCGCUGGCGCAGCGGCCUCGCCGGUGCCAUGCAUCCCGCAGGCGGUGGAUGCGGAGCUACGAGCGGCGCUGUAUCACCGCGCCGGCGUUGUCAGAGAACUCCGCUAUACGGCUUUGCCAGGCUCGUCGCCAGUGCAGGCCGACGGAUCAACAGGCGACACGGACGGGCGCGCCGUCUUCAAUGCCGUGGGCUCCCUCCCUCCCUGCGACAGCGCCUUCUUCGGUGCCCCAGCCGAGGUUCUGAUCAACGCCACCGACAGCCGCGCCGGCGAAGAUGACGGUGACGGUGCGCUGCCAAGCAACCUCGACGUGGCGCCGGUGCCGCUGGUUAUGCUGAGUGACUACGCACGUGCUUGGGCCCGCUACGCUGCCGCGGAGCGCGAGGUGGAGAGCCACGCGCAGGCGCUCGCGGCAGAAGACACCGGCGUGCUGGAGGCGGUCUCCAUCGCCCAAGAGCGUCGCCGGCGCAGUCGAGGAGAGGAGGACGACGACGCGGUGUCUGCCAUUGUCGUGGCAACGCCCCACCCGGCCAGCACUGCCGCGGCGGUGCGCUACCGCGAGCAGGAGCUCGGCUAUGGCGACCCGGCGCUGCGAAGAGGCAGCUUGCAUGUUUCGCCGCGCAUGGCCGCAGAGGCGCAGGCACUGACGGAGGCGCGCAGGCGGCUGUCGGCGAUCCGAGCAUGCUUCAUCGCGCCGCCAUCCCUCGGUGCCGCCAGCGCACUAGGCAGCGCAUCCAUGGGCAGGGUGACGGAGCCGGAUGCCGCUGCGCGGGACGCCGCACUCGUUCGCGAGCUUGUGGAUGCAACGGUGCUGAGUGUGCUUGAGGUGCAGGCCCGAGGGGCGCACGAAGACCCGGUGCAGCAGGUGAUGGCUGCCAUGGAACACGAGAUACUACGCCUCAUGCUGGUCGGCUGCCGUGAGGCGCGGGUAGAGAUCGCCUCUGGUGCCGCCAAGGAGGAGAAUGCACAUCCGCAGCGGACAAAGUCGCAACAGCGGCGGUUGGACGCCGAGCUCGCUCGCGCGCUCGCGGAAGCAGCACUGGAGGACGUUGUGCACGCCGCUCUAGAGCGCUCGUGUCACGACAAGAAGGUGCGCCAAGCCGUCACCACCUCCUCCGACGCCACUGCCACCAGUACGACGACGACGACGACGACGGCUGCUCCGGCUCUACCCGUGGAUGCGCCUUCGGCGGUGGAGGUCGAUCCUCGCGAACACGUAUCCAUCCCUCGCACAUCGUCCACCGCGUGGCUGCAAGACGACCCUGCGACGUCAGAGGCAGCGCCGCAACAGCAAGCGACACCGCAGCCGAAAGACGUGGGAGAUGCGGAGAGGGAGGCAAACGCGAUCACGGCGACGGCGACGGUGGUCCUGCGGCCACCACGUGACGACCAGCACGACGCCACCAGCCCUGCGGCGCCGCGGGCAGCAGAGCCAACUCCGCAGGAAGUGCGCGUCGUGGUCGACCUCAGUCCCGUCGUGCACCACAUGAUAACGUCGCGCAUCCCCGCCGCUGCCGUGCCCGCGUACGACUGGCAGCAGCAGCAGUACUGCCCGCCACCAUACCCGCCAAUCCAACAGGAGCAACUCCCCAGUCGAUGGAUGGCGCUCGAGGACCGCAGGGACGUGAUUGUGGAGGCCGAGAGCCCUUUGGUUGUGACGGAGACGAGGGCAGAGCUGCCAGCGCCAACUGUAGCAGAUGCAGAGGUGGCCGGCGAGCACACGUCUGUUGCUGUGCCCGCCACCGAUGGCGACGGCCUGCCGUCGCUGGCUGUACCAGCACCUCCCCUCCCAGCCGUCGUGCCGCCGCCAGCAACGGCUUCCGAUGAUCCGUCUUGUGCACAUGUGGAAGACAUGGCGACCCCAGCAGAUGGCACAACCUCGCACGACGCACUGCAGCUCACGCUAAUACGCCUGCUCCAGUCAACGCUGCUCGAUCAGGAGCGGCUGCAGCGCGCCAGCUUGGCUGACCGUGAGGAGGAGCAGCGUCGCGCCCACGAACUUCUCCGCGAAGUUUCGAAGGUCGCCGCAGAGCAAAGGACGUCGAAAGCACCGGCAGCAGCCGUCGCACCGCCCUCACCGUCCGUGGCCGCGAUCCCCAUGGCUGAAUCCCAGCUUGCUCUGUCGCCACGACCGGUUGUCAACGCGGUCACGGAUGGAGCACGGCGCGAGGACGUGGGGGCGACAGAGACCGCCACGUCAAGAUUCAGCGCACCGCCGCCGUCGCAGCCCCCACCCACGGCGACUCCCGUGACCUCUGCCUCGCGCUGCACUACGCCGCCGCGGCCGCUCGUGCGGGACCCGGUGAUGGGAUUUGUGCUGGAGUGGGUGCGGCAGUUUGGCGCCUUGCAGCAGCAGUCAUCGAUGCGCGGAGCGGCGACCGCCACCUCCUCGGCUUCCUUGGUAGAAGGUCUCAACGCGGCAGCACGGACGGCGGCGCGGCAUGACGCCGCACCGCCUGCGCAGCCUGCUGGCCACCGAUCACUGCCGGGACGCUUCAUGCGAUACGCUGCGUCAAGCCUCUCCACGCGCAACCUCGGCUCCUCGACGACAACGGCGUCCUCGUCGUUGCUGUCGCCGUCGCUGCCGUCGUCUCUGCACACGCAGUCAUCAUCAUCGUCGUCACUGCUCGAAGACGAGACGUGGGGGCGCGCGAGAAUAACCGGAGGUUGGCACAGCGGCGAGCAACGCGUACGCGUGCCGCACCGCAUCUCAUCGGGAGCACCUUUAGAGGCAGCCCGAGCCCACCAGUGCGCACCAAUACGCAAGGCGCGGCCGGUACUCGACACGCAGCGCGACGACACCUCUGCGUGCACUGCGACGACACGCUACACGACGGGGCGCAGCUCCGCGGCGUUCGCUUUUGCUGACGAGCUGCGAGAGGGCAGAGCGGUGCCAUCGGGUUCGUCGGGCCUCCUCCCUCCUCGUGCAUCCGCCGAAGUGCAGGCGGCGAUGGCUGCAGCGCUGCGUGCGCAUCAGCAGGCCAACCGUGCCGAGGCAUGGACAGCGGCGCCGGAAGAUGGUAGCCGCUUAGGGGCGACUGACAUCUCGCAGGGCUCUGCCGUGGGCAACAGCUCCUACGCCAUCUCGCUGCCGGCGCGCUCCGCACCGACGACAUCUGUUAUCGGAACACCGCCGCCAACGGCCGCUGCAGCCGGUGUGCCGCCCAGCAGUCCUGCAAAGCUGCGUGCCCCUCCUCCCACAUGGUCCGCGACGACACGAGAGCCCGCCGAUGCGCGCGACGACGGCAACGGUGGAGCGAAGGACGCGGUGGAUGACGCGGGGAAGCCGAUACCGUCUGGUCGUACGAGAGACAAGGUUGCGGGCACAGUUGCCGUCGUAGGACCUCGCGACGCCUGGAAACAGCGCGCCACCCAACCGCGGCCGAGGUCGCCCCUUCGCACCACUGAGUGGACAUGCGUGAGCUUGACAAGCACGUCUACCAGCAGUCACAGCAACGAUCGCGGCGGCAGCGGCGGCGAGUCGAAUCAUGUUCACGCUGCUCAGGGCAACGGCUUUGCCCCGCCUGCGAUCAGCGAAGCCGCGCCGGCAUCAUCUGCGCUGCCGUUCAUGUCCGCGCAAGCGCGCAGUGCCACCGCGCCGGCGAGGAGGAACGGCGUAUUACAAGCCCCCCUCCGUCCACGGCGCAGCCUCUGCCAAUAG